UUUAUAAAUAUAAGUUCGUUAAAGUAAAACUUCUUUAUAGAUAGGUUAGGUUAAAUAAUGUCACGAGUAUGAUUGUAUUUAUUUUUUGGUUUAAUAUAUAAUUAAUUUAAUAUUUAUUGAUAGAGAAAAACAGAGUUAUAUGUAAAGGUAUGCAAUUAUGGUAUGAGUGUUUGAAAUAGAUAGAAAAAAUGACCUAUUCGCAAAUUGCAGGUUAUAUAUUGAAGUCAUGCAUUAUCGUUACACUAAGAUACGUCUUGUAUUUCGUAACAAAGAUAACAGAAAUUAUCAAUUUAUACUUAGGUUUUCUAUCGUUGUUCUGUGAAAGUAAAGACAUUUUGUAUAAUAAUCUCGUUCAAGACGUUCGUAAAAAAUAAUUCAUCGAGAAACGGUAACAUUAAUAUUCAUAAUUAUUAAAAUAAUUUUGUCAAAAUAAUGAAUACGAAUAUUGUUGUCCUUGGUUCAUGUAUGAUAGACUUUAUUUGUUAUGCGUCUCGCUUACCGAAACCUGGAGAGACAAUACUUGGUAACGAAUUUAAAAUAAAAUAUGGUGGGAAGGGUGCUAAUCAAUGUGUGAGUGCUGCUAAACUUGGUGCAACAACUACGCUUAUUGGAUCAUUGGGUAGCGACAACUAUGCAAAAACUUAUUUGGAUAUAUUAAAAAAGGAAAACGUAAAUACUACUUAUAUUCAAAUACAAAAGGAUAAACAAAGUGGAAUAGCUCAUAUUACAGUUGCUAGUAAUGGAGAAAAUAGUAUAGUGGUCGUACCAGGAGCUAAUGAUCUUUUAAGCGUUGACCAAGUUACACAUUCUGCCGAUUUGAUUAAAAAUGCGACGGUGUUACUAUGCCAAUUCGAAUCACCAUUAGAUACUACUUUGCAAGCUUUACGAAUCCAUAAGGGCCAUGGGCUUUCAAUUGUGAAUGGUUCACCGGUCGUAGAGAAUAUCCAUCCAGAGAUUUUCCAAUUGUGCGACAUAUUUUGUAUUAACGAGACCGAGGCCGAACUUAUAACAGGAGUGCAACCAUUGAUGUUGUCGAAUGUGCAAAAUGCAAUCGACAUUUUAUUUUCUAAAGGCUGUAAUAUGGUUAUACUUACUCUUGGACCGUUAGGCGCCGUUUAUGCUUCUAAAGACGACAGAGAGAUAACUCAAAUCUCAACAACAAAAGUCGAUCCUAUCGAUACUACCGGAGCAGGAGACGCGUUUCUGGGUAGUCUAAGCUACUUUAAAGCGUAUCAUCCUCAUUUGUCGACGAAGGAAUGCAUUAACAGAGCUUGCAAGAUUGCUACAAAGACGGUACUAAAAAUUGGUACGCAAGAAAGUUUUCCAAUGAGGAGUGAUCUUCCGCAGGAAUUAUUUCUAUGAUAAUUUUUCUAAUAUAUACCUUCUAAACGAGAAAAUGAAUUAUGUAAGAAUGUCAUUGUUACUAUAGUAAAAUAAUAAAACAGUAAAACAA